AUGUCACCAUUAAUUCCAUCAGCUCCAAUAGCUUUUUUUUUUUUUAGUUAUUUGAAGGCGAUUUCGAAUUCAUCAAAAGAUAGUUCUGAGUAUAUUUCUUUGAAACAGCUGCAGUCAUCUAUUGAAACUAAAAAGCUCCAAGCACAUGCUGCAAAAAAGAAAAAAGAAUUCCUUCAUAGCUCAAAAUCUACUGUGUUUUGCUUAUUGCAGCCUAAUGAUGAUAAGCCUUCAUCAUCAUCAAGUUUCUUUAAAGAUUACAAGACAAUCGAUGAGGAUGAGGUACCUAAUCCUGAUGACUACGACUAUAAUCCCAGGCCGUCGGCUUCAUCCUUUUUGCAAAUGCUGAUUGAUAAUAAUAAAAUUGCUAGAGAGAGGUAUCAAACCAUAGAAGAACUUAAAAGUGAAAAUUUAAACAUUGAUAAUGAUCAUUUCGUAGUUCUUUACUUCGACGGUCGACGUCACAAAACAUUGUCAACAGAAAAAAUGAAGGAUAAAUACUACCAAAGAGAAAAUAUAGAGGAGCACUAUUACUUGGUGAAAGAACCAGGAUCUAGCUACGUUGGCCAAUCCGAUGGAAAGCAAUAUGCUCGUCGUCCCCAGAACCAAGAACUCAGCCCUCAGUAUACUUUAAAGACCGUUAAACAUAGUGGUAGCAAGGUGAUUGUUUGGGGUAGUUUUUCAUGGAGUGGAGUAGGCCCGUUGUAUAGAAUUCAAGGCACGAUGGAUCAACAUAUCUACAAAGAAAUACUGGAAAAUGUGAUGUUGUCAUAUGCCCAAGAAAAUCUCCCUCUAGUUUGGAAAUUCCAACAAGACAAUGACCCCAAGCACACCGCCAAAAGUAUUAAAGUAUGGCUUACCGCUAAUAAGAUUGACGUUUUAGGGUGGCCCACACAGUCACCAGACCUAAAUCCAAUAGAAAAUUUGUGGAAGGAAGUUGAUAGAAACAUAAACCGUUUAACUGCAACAAAUUUAAACUAUCUUUGUGUCGAAAUAAAAGCUGCUUGGGACGCCAUUACGCCUGAACGAUGCCAAAAUUUGAUCUCCUCAAUGGGCCGUCGUUGUCAAGCGGUUAUUGACUCAAAAGGAUACCCCACUAAAUAUUAA